AUGGAAAAACAAAUGUUCCCAACAAAUUUUCUUCUAGUUCUUGUUACCCUUUGGCUUCAUCUAUCCAAUUUUGCCUUUAAAGCUUCAGAGGAUGAUGCCACUCAAUCUCCAACAACAUGUUUGAAUUGCUCCAAAUGUGAAUACCCUUGUCAACAACAACCCUCACCACCACUUGCUUAUGGUGCUCCACCACCACCAUCAUCUUAUGGUUACUCUAUAUAUGCAGCACCCCCUCCCCCAAAAGAGAAAAACCCUAGCAAAUGCCCUCCUCCUCCUCCUCCUGCAAGUGGUGAGUGCUGCACCCCUCAAGUUCCUUAUACUUUAGCUCCUCCAAAUCCCUACAUUCCUGUGCCCUAUGAUCAAGGGCAACGCUCUGCUUCAAUGCUUCUAUUGUCUAAACCCGUAAAUAGUCACGAGUAA